AUGACAAUCCAGCUAGAAGCCUCCACUAUCUGCGCUGAGAAUAUCGCCCUUUUCUCCAUUCUCCACUCUUUUCGUAACGCAGGUCCCGUCCAAUCAGUGCCUUUCCCUCCGUCAUCAAAUGCCCUUGAUCGUGUGCUGGCUUGCCAGGAUGGCUAUGCCUUAAGCUUGGAUAAAGAGCGCGGCCUGGCAAGUAUCCUCGCAUUUCUCGCACAAACCGAGAACGAUCGAAACCACAUUCCUGCAGUCUGCAUCGAACAGUCGGCAGAUUUGCUUAACUUAAAUGUCUUCGUGGCUGUGAAUAGGACGAGGUGCGAUGAUGGCGAUAGCAUCCUUCGCAAUACAGUACGAUGCCUCGAUAACCUCUUCCUCGUUCUUGCAAGGGUAUCGGACAGUAAGUGGCUCUCAAAUUCGCUCCUCGACUGCGCUAACAACCCAGAUCGACGUGAUUACCCUAGCAUUGAGAAGGACAUCUUCGCCGAAGUUAUCUCCAUGUGUUCGAAACGCAUUCUGCAACGACUCCGAUUCACUUCUAUCGUUGGGGAAUCUAAAAAGAAACCUAUCAAAGAAGUCCUGAAGAAAACGAUAGAAUGCGUGAAGAUGAUUGAUACAACCCGAAUCCCGAGCCGAACCUUGGCCUCCACCAUUGACAUAUUUACCAGAAGAUCCAGAGAAGUGAUAAAGUUGAUAAAUUCAUGGAGCGGGAAUCAGACCGAACCUCGCCUGGGCGCUCUAGUCGAAGGCAUUCAUCAUUUGGGGCAAGUGGAAACGCUUGGCUCUAUGCUCGACAGGAUACCCAACAAGGAUAUGAGUCCAGCAGAGCGCAAAAGUCUAUUGAACGUUGUUCAUAAAGUCUCCAGGUAUCGGACCGCUGCUAAAUUUCUCUAUCGCACGGCGAAGAAGGUCCCCUUGGCGCGACAGAUGAAAGCCUCCGCUAUCAAGCUACCCUCUGAGGCAUUUCAGUCCUUCUCACCCAGUGGAUACGUUCCUGUCCUACGGACUACGCUCUUACGGAUCGAUCAAAAAUAUAUUCGUGACAACGCUCUUACUCAGGUUCUGCAUUUUCUGGAUGCUCCUAAAGGGAAGGCUGCAGAUCAGUUCUCCGCCUGCGUGCGGGGAACCAUGCGAGAGGCAAAGAUCCACGCUGAGAUCCAGCUAAUCGCGCACUGUGAGCGUCGCACGUCGAAGAUUCCCCCUCGAGUGAUUUGUGCCAGCAAGGAUGCUUGCUUUCUGUGCAAUUCUCUCAUCAAGCUGGCUGGAAAAUUACAUACUCCGCGAUGCCACGGACGGUUGUAUCCUGGGUGGCGACUGCCAUCUCUUCCACAACUGAAAGAGAUCGAACGAAUGUUCAAUGAUGUGCUACAAAGCUGUAUCAAGGAAAGCCUUUCCACUCUAUUAUUGCGACGGCAGAAGACCGUCUUUCCGUUGCCCAAUGAGAGCACUCUCCUCACGUUGCCAAUGUCGGAGACAACAAAAUGCAGCUCUGUGCAAAAGGAUAUGGAUAGAGUGAGAACGCCCACCCCAUCUCUUCCGCGGAUAUUCGAGGAAUCAAACCGGACGGCAGAGUCUGCAGGACGUGCAAUGUCCAGUGACCAGACUGUUUCGGACGCUUCAGGUGCCGGCGAUACUUUGCAGAUCCGGCGACUGUCAACUCCAGAUAGUCUUCUCUCUGCGAGACAAGCGCCCUUUCAAAGCCCAAUCUUAUCGAAUGGCAUUGACGUUUACCGAACGUCGUCGCUUCAUACGGCGGGACGCCUGGAAUUGCAGGUUGAAAUUGUCACCUCGUCACCCGAUUUUGGUUACACCGUUGAAUGGCUCACAGAUGAGGACAGCAGAAGAGUACGGGAAAGCCAUCGGAGUUCUAUCAUCAAUGCGGAGUCUCUAGACAGUGAAAUGUCCCUUAGCAACCUUCAGAGCCUUUACAUCACGGCAGAAGGAACGACAGUGAAGGUGGAGUGGCAUGCUCGGAUACGCUCUUCCGCUUCGUGA